UCUGAGAAAGUGAGUGAUGCUCAGACAGGAUCCAGACACUUAUGGAACAAAAUCACCCGAUGUGUCAUGCAAUUAUGCAAAACAGAAGCUUUAAUCCUGAUCUGGGACUGGAUAUGGACGCUAUCGAUUUAGGACCGUUCUAACUGUCUGCUCUGACGUUCACGGCGACUAGUUAAACGCGCGGAUAAUCUCACCUCGGAUCACCUUGGACGAAAAAUGAGUUUCACUAAAUGGAGGGUCUAAUGAUGGAGGGACAUAGUCAGGUCACCGCGUGCGUGCUGCUGAUGUUCGUCUCCAUGGUGAUCGCUGAUUCACCUGCUGCAGUCUGGCCUUUGGAUGCUCCAAACCUGCCAAAUGAGUCUUCAGUGGAAGUGCUACACAAUGCAUUCUCCGCCUUGUCUGGAUUUUCUCUUUCACCUAGUUCGGAUCCAUCCAAAGCCACAGAGAAUUACAAUCACAAUGUUAACACUGGAUCGGUAUUCGCUUACUCCCUGAACUCUGCCACAAGCCCAGAGCCUCUUGCCACACCUCCUUUACGUUCCUUAAAGUCUGGAAAGGGAGUUGGAUAUACCUCCAGAGGUUCCUCCAGACAGCCUCGACAACUAAAUUCUCCAGUGCCUACCUCCCAUAAUGUGCCCUUAUCUUGGUCUGCUAUCAGCCCAGCUCCUCAAAUAUCACAGACUACAGGUUCAUCUGUGCCAUCUAGCUUGCCUUCAGUUGGAGAAGAUUCUCCUGACGAGCCUCCUGUUCCAUCCCCUCAAACACAGUAUGGGACUGUGGGAGUCAGUGACUCUGAGGUUCCUUUUGGAGACAGAUUGGAACCAUCUAGGAGAAUCCAAGACCUCCAGUUACAAACCAGCCAUGACCCCAACACCCAGCUAGGCUAUCAGCAAUUGAAGCCAAGUCAUUUAGUUUUUGUACACCAUCAAAUGACUUCAGUGUCUGUUGAGCCAACUAUGGGCCCACCCGAAGACCUUUUCCCAACCAACAUUAUGGAUGUGGAGUAUGGCUCUGGAGAUUACCUAGAAACAAUGUCCUUCAUGGGAUCUGAAGGCAAUGACUAUUCACUGGUUAGCAGUCUAGUCACUGAUGUGUAUGACUUUGAGGACUCAAAUUCAGAGACCUAUGACACCACGUUCCCCACAAGAAUGGUGAUGUCAUUUUCCAGCAAACACUUGUAUCCCUCCUCUACCAGUGUUACUAAUUCUUUCUCCAGCAAACCUGUUGAAAGUCCCAGUUUCAAUAGCAAUUCAACCUUGAAUGGAGCCACCACUGACUUAACCAAACAUGUAACAACCUUUCAGAGUUUUACAACCGUUGUGCCUUUUACCAUGUCAAGACCUCCAGAUUUCACCAGUAUUUUGACAUCAGACAUUGGACACACCGUUUCAACCAUCCAGCCAACCAGAGUCCAUUCUUUACCUAUUCUCCCGACAACUUCAGAUGUCUUAAACCAGAACCAGUCUGUCAAUGAGACCUCAGAGUUGGCAUCUGACUGGCCAGGCACUGUUACAGUCCAACCCACCGAUGUUCUUUUACCAGACAUGAACAGUUUAGAGUACUACACCAAUCAGACGACCUCUAGUGUUUUCUCUUUCAUUCCGAUUGGCACCACACAUAUUGUGAGCACUAGAACCUACACCAUUGACCCAAGUUACAUGCUAACAGCUUUGUUUGAGGAAGAUCUACAGCCUACAGGUAACAGUUCCUGGACUGAGGAAUCCUCAACAGAUAUCUCUGGAUUUGAACCUUUUAACACCACUAUCUUGGAUCCCUCUGAAGUUGGACCGAGUUUAACAGAUACUACACUGCCAUAUUUGGAGCCGUCGUUUAUACCAACAAUAGACCCUUCAGCUUCAUUGGAAGAUAUAAACUCAACCACUGAUUGGGCUACAACACCUUUUAUACCGUACAACACUUCCUUACUGGUGACUACCCCACCUCCAGUGACCAAGGAACCAGAUGGCGUGUCUUCUGUUAAUAACAGCCAAUGGAUUAUCACCUCACUUCCAACAGAGACCCUCUUUCCUAGUAGUGUACUUCCCACUGUUUUAGUAACCAGCUUUAUCAGUGUUUCUGAAAACCCAACUGACUCAACCUUCAACAUCAUCUCCACCCCUCCUGCAACGGUGAUGGCUGAUGAAGGAUUUGUGUCUGGAACAACACCUGACACCAUGGUUACUGAUAGCGAUAACACCACACUGAUCGGUAACCUUACAACCACGACCUCCCCAGUAUUACAUAAUGACACUACUGUGGCGCCUUUCACUAUCUCAAGCUCCAACAACACAACAGUGACUACCCUGAAUGACACAUCAGUUACAACCCAAUCCACAACCCUCCCAACAACCACUGCCCGGAAAUAUCUCUGCAGCAUCACUAAACCUGACACCUACUUGAUCAGAGUUGGGUUUCCUCCAGGUUCCACUGCUGGAUAUGCCAAGGCCAAAGUCAGAGAGAUUCUCAAAGGAGAAUAUAACCGCUCUGUGGAGCUACAGGUAGUGAAAGCUCCUCCAGACUUUGUGUUUCGUGCUGUGUCUGGUGCAGUGGUUUAUACUGCCAUAUCAGUCAUUAAUGCCCUGAGAAUCUCUGCUCGGACCACCAGCUCCUUUAUCAGCGUGUCACCCAUCAGUCCUAUACCAGGUCUGCAGUACCAUGUUCAUACAGUUCUUCAGUUUGUACCCAGCCAUGUAGAUGUGCGAAUGUGUACCUUCAGUGAGCAGGCAGAGAAGGGUCUGAUCACAGCUUUAUCUGAAGUCCGCCGACGCUCACAAGAGUCCACAAACUUCACUGUGAAUAUUUUAAACAUCACCACGAGUUCUGUGGAAAUGGCGGCACAACAGCAGAAGGUUCCAGUGGAGAUCACCUUUGCUGUGCGUGAUAUCCGUGGGUAUGUGCCAGGGACAGAGGUGAGCACCCAGCUUCGACAGCUCAGCGUGGUUGAGUACAGCUACUACCUGGGCUACCCUGUACGGCAGAUCGCAGAACCUUUCCACUACCCAAAGCUGAACACAACCCAACUGCUUCGUUCCUCAUGGGUUAGAACAGUGUUGUUGGGAGUGUUAGACCAGCGUGUGAGUGACAAGAUCUUCAAGGCUACGAUUGAGAGGAGACUGGCUCAGUUGCUGGGCGAUGCAUUGGGUAUGGGCCAUCGCCUUAGAAGAGCAACUAGUGUGGGAAACAACAGCGUGCAGAUUGUACAGACCACUCGUCUUGUGGGCCCUGACAACCCUGUGGAGAUGAUCUACUUUGUGGAAGGAGCUAACGGACAGAGACUUCCCGCCGCAACCACAGCCAGCAUGCUCAACAGUCUUGACAUGCAGCAUGCAGCGAUCAUCAUGGGAUACCGCGUCCAGGGAAUAUUAGCACAGCCUGUGGAAAAGCAGGCCUUGCCUCCCUCAGACACAGAGAAGACCAACACGUGGAUAAUCGUAGGGGUGGUGGUCCCCGUGGUGGUGGUCGUCAUUAUAAUAACUAUCCUGUACUGGAAACUCUGCCGCACUGACAAACUGGAAUUCCAGCCAGACACCAUGAGCACCGUCCAACAAAGACAGAAGCUGCAGGCGCCCAGCGUGAAGGGUUUCGACUUUGCCAAGCUGCACAUGGGCCAGCAUAGUAAGGAUGAUCUCAUGGUCAUCCAGGAGCCGUUGCCACUUCCUGUGGCCGCCAAGGAACAGAGCCCAGCUGAGAACGCAGAGGUGCCCACACUAAAGUCCAAAGCUUCCCGCAAUGGCCAGCGGCGCAGGGGCCAAAAAUCCUUUUCAUCCUCCUCUUCUCAUGAUUACGUUCCAGUGAUAACAGUGUUUUCCAAGAUAAAAUACUUUCUUACCCAGCAUUCCACUCAAACAUGCUUUUACAUACAACUUAUGCUAUAUUCCAUCUCAAUAAAUCACAUCAGCCAUCAUUUAACUUUUCUCUCUCUCUUUUACACUCCCUCCAUCCGCUCAUUCAUGUGUUACUGGCUCACAGGGAAGAAUAGAAUUGGUCCACCCCCAAUGAAUGGCAUGGAUGAGCCUUUAUCUUCAGCUUCCAUUUUUGAGCAUGUGGACCGAAUGUCCCGCCCAACGGAUGGCCCUAAACGCCCCCCUAAUAAAAUCCAGCUCAUCGCCAUGCAGCCGAUGCCAGCCCUGCCUUUACCCAGCCCUACAGCCAAUGACAGAGCAGCAGAGAACGCCAAGCUCAACAAAGAGAUCCAGGUGGCUUUAAGGCACAAGUCUGAAAUCGAGCACCAUCGCAAUAAGAUCCGCCUGAGGGCCAAAAGGAAAGGCCAUUAUGACUUUCCUGCUAUGGAUGAUCUCAUCGAUGGUCUAGGCGACCCCAAAGAACAGGACCGAAUCUACCAGAAGGCCCAGAUGCAGAUUGACAAGAUACUUGAUCCAGAUAUUCACAUGCCCUCACUGUACACCGAGCCCAAGAAAAGCAACAGAGGGAAGCGUUCUCCUAAACAGAGAAGGAAACAACAGCUGAACGGUGAUCUGACGGAUGCUGACCGAGAUAGACUCAUAACGACAGACAGUGAUGGGACAUACAGGAAAUACCCAGGAGUCAAUAACAUUGCAUAUGUGUCGGACCCAGACCAGGGUCCCGAGCAUCGUAGUCCGUCCCCGAUGGAUGAUGUGUUCCAUGGUCCGAUUUCUCCUCCUCCUGGCCACCCUCCUCCACCACCCCCAUACCUGUCCCCUCAGCCAUCUAUAGAGGAGGCCCGGCAGCAAAUGCACUCUCUACUGGAUGAUGCCUUUGCCCUCGUGUCUCCUUCGUCUCAGGGCAGCACAGCUGGCAUCACUCUGCCUGGUGUCGGGCUUAACCCUGGACCCCCACCUGCCUCCAGCCCACCAUCCCGUGGACCGCGGCCCUGGGGCCCAGGAUACCUGCCCUUGAAUCCUUACACAGGGAGAUAUGCUGAAUUAGGUCUGCCACCUUCCAGUGUGCAAGGUUUACUACAUCGACAGGGUUUAGGGUCCGGCUACAUCCCAUCAGGAGAGGCCCUUCCUGUUGAACAGCUACAGCCGGAGUCGCUUUACGCUGGUCGAAGGGGAAACACAGAUGAAUUGCCCUCCUCUGCCAGGCCACGGCCUGUAGGUGGGACUACAGGUGCCCAGCUACAUCAUUUAACCCACGCUGGUCUGACAGGUCGUGUAGGUGACAGCCGGCAGCCUGGUGGGUUAAACUGGAGCCCGUAUCAUGAGGACGACAACAAGCUCGCUAACAGCAGAGAGCCUGUUCUUGGCUCUCUUGACUACACCUCCAUCUCUGUAUUCCAGACCUCCAGGAAUGGCCUGAAGGAGCCAUCUGCUGCUCCUGCCCACCUAGACAUUCUCGGCCUGGGCUACGCUCCCUCUGCUCCCCUGGAGGAGCCUUCCCCUCCCAACCACUCUUCCGCCUCGCUCAUCAAAGCCAUCCGAGAGGAACUGAUGCGUCUCUCCCAGAAACAGGCAGCGGUACCCAGCUAUCACAGCUGAGACCUGCCCCCUCCAGCUCCAUCAGGCAAAAACUGCACUACACUGCACUGUACUUCCCAUGGAAGUGGCUUUUUUGAGAGGACCUCAAAAUCAUGUAGCCUCUGCUGCCACCUGGUGGCAGAGAGCAUUAGGACAGGAAGAGUAGAUGAUUAUCCUUUAUUCCCAUGUUCCUGUUUGGUUUUCCCUCGUUGUUCAAAACAUAAGCAGCGUCCUGAGACUGAAGAACGAUGUUUUUUACCUUCUUUACAGGCGACUUUAUAAUUUGGUAGCAACUGCUCUAUACAGACCGGGAUAACAAAGCUAAAAUAUGGCUGCCACACAUUCCUGUGGUCUACUGUUGUGCGUGUGAUUUUCACAUUGUGUUGUUUUUUUUUGCUGUGUACACUGCCUUCACAUUUGAAUAAUUUUAUACCCUGCACUGGCUCUUGUAGAUUCUCAUCACUGAACGCUGAACUGCUUUUGAUACCUUAAAUUAAUCUCAAUGAUCUACAAAAAGUUUUUGUUUUGUUUUUGUUAUGUUUUAUUUCUCAGUGCAUCUUCUUCCCAUUCACUCAUGGCUCUGAUAUUUUAUCUCAGUUUAAUAGCCAUCAAGCAUUUACCUUCAUAAUACAGUAUUGAGCCCUACACAGUAUUGUCUUAUACUUUAGGGUCCAGUCAUAAUAUUUGAAGUAGUGAUGUUUUCCAUCUUCUUAUGCCUUUAUUUGGUUUGGCAUCUACAGGAGAGCUGGACGUACUGUACAGCUGUUAUGUCCAGUGCAUUGGAGGAAACUGUGUUAACAUUAAAGAAAUGUUCCAGGUUCAGUACAACUUGACAUAUUGUAAACCAAUAAAAAUGUGUUUUCAGUAAUGUACUUACAAUACAAUAAUGGACUGGUGGUGAAUGAAGGAUUCCAAGUUGCCCGCAAG